AUUUGUUGGGCGCGAUUUUUUUCGGUGCUUCGGUGAACGAAAUGUUCAUACGUGACAAGUUUGGGCAAAGUGCGUACGGAAAGUUGGUGGUUGCGGAACUGGCAGUACCGCACCCAAUGGUCAUCGUUGUCGGCUCUAUGCUGGCCAGUGCGGGUGCCGGGAUGCAGUGCUUAAUCGGAGCCCCAAGACUUCUACGGGCGAUCGCACAGGACGGAGUGAUCCCGAUCUUGGAACCGUUCAAGGCGACGAGGAAAAAUGGCGAACCUUGGCUGGCUACGUUGUUAAGCAUAGCCUUAUGUGAAUUCGGCAUUCUCAUUGCCCAACUGGAAAGUAUCACGGCUCUUAUAAGUCAGUUUUUCCUCAUGUGCUACCUUAGUGUGAACGCAGCUUGCUUCCUGCAAGGCUUUCUUAAAGCUCCCAAUUGGCGACCGAGGUUUCGGUUCUAUCACUGGCUGUUUUCUUUAUUUGGAGCGCUGCUGUGCGUCGCAGUCAUGUUCAUGAGUCACUGGGGAUUCGCAAUUUUGUCCGUGGUGAUUGGCGUUAUCGCGUACAAAUACAUUGAAUACCAGGGGGCUGAAAAAGAAUGGGGAGACGGAAUGAGUGGCUUGAGCCUGUCUGCAGCAAUGUAUUCCCUCUUGAAACUUGAACACGGACCAAUACAUACAAAGAAUUGGAGCAUCCAGACAUCCGGUCUUGGCUCUCUGAAGCACAACACGUUGGUCAUUGGAUGGCCUAUGAAAUGGAAGCAAAGCGAGAAUGUGAACGACUGCCGAAUGUUCGUAGAAGCAGUUCGAGUGUCCCUUGCCGCCAGCUGUGCAGUCGUCGUGACGAAGAAUUGUGACAGCUUCCCCAACGGCAAAUCGAAAGUAAGUUACUGCUUUAUAGUAUUUCCAACGUAAAC